UUUCAUAACAGAGCUGCUCCAGCCCUCAGAUUGUCUCUGUGGCCUCCUCUGGACUCGCUUGAGGAGCACCGUGUCCUUCUUAUGUUGGGGGCUCCAGACUUUGGAGGCUCUGAGCUAGGCACAAUGCAAAUGGCCAGUGUUCUGCUCCUGAGGUGACAGCACCUUCUCCCAGUGUAUGUAGCAUCUCCUUGCACCUGGGGUCAUUAGUAAUGCUUCAUGGAGUGAUCUCAGAGCACUUCACAGGGGGUGAGUCACCUCCUUUUUUUAGAGGCUGCCACCCAGUUAUGUGUUGGCUCAAGAACUUACACAAUGUUCUGGUGACACCACCGGAAAUAUAAUCCACGUCUCUCCUGCUAAUCCCAGUUCUUGUCUGUGCUGCUGUGUGUGGUGCUGCACACAUGUGUCAAAAUGACAAGUUGCUCAAAAAAGAGGAGAUUUACAGGAUGUGGAUAAUGAGAUGAUGUUGGGGAGCCCAGCCUGGGAGAGGCUGCUUGUGGCAUCUGGUCUGUAGAUAUCUGUGUCUUUAAAAAAUAUGAAGGAAUUAGUUGCAAAGCAAUUUAAAUAUCUCUGUCUCCCUCUGUGUACAGGGAGGUGGUUUCAGGACUGUAACCCCUAAGCUAUUUUUUACUAGAUUUACAAGUAAUUCAAAGCCAUUUCUUUCUUGUUUUCUGCCAACCUAUUCCUUUGCAUGGUAAUCUAAUGGACUUCCAGGUGUUCCUUUUUGGGGUUUGUAUUUGUUUAUUGUGAGUUUUUUCUUUUGUGGUUUUUUGUUGCUGUUGUUUUUGGCUUUUUUUCCAGGCUGGGAAUACUGGAGUGUGAUGUUUUAUUGCAGAGACAGAAACACUCAGGAAAAAAAAAAUUCUGCCUACAGAUGGACAAUUCUGUAAAGGCAGCAGCCCCCAAAAGGCUUCCUGGAAGUUCUGCAUCUACAGAGAGAGUUUCUCCUUCUGGCUUUGAGAGCAUUGCUCUUGAAGAGGAUCUGAACGGCGAGCUGAUGAACGAAGACAUCCGUAUCCAUAGCUGGCCUUGUUCUUACUACUUGGACACUAGCAAACAAUGGGUCUCUGGCAGACUCUCACUGACUCCUGUUGCCAUCAAGUUCACAGCUGACAAGACUGGGGAGCUUUUGAUCAACUUCCAUCUUUCCAGUAUCAGUGAGAUCAAGAAGGAAUCUUCAAAUUUAAUCUUCAGCUCCCUUACCAUCUUAGAGAAGAACACCAAGCACUGGUUCAGUUCUCUGCAACCCAGCAGAAAUGUGGUAUUCAACAUCCUUGAGCACUUUUGGAGGGAGCAGCUGCUGUCAAGCCAAGGUGCAGGAGCAGAAGCAGCAGCUUUGCAGCCAACAAAGGGAAAAGAACUGACAGGGUUGUUGACUGGAUCACAGAAACGACUGGAGGACACGGCCAAAGUGCUGCAUUACCAGGGCGAGCAGUUUGAUAACAUCAUGAGAGGGCUCAACAAAAUUGAAGGGGAUAUGGAUGUAGCAGACAGGUUGUUGACUGAGCUGGAAUCUCCUUCUUGGUGGCCGUUUAGCAGCAAGCUCUGGAAAGCACCACUGGAAACUAAGCCAAAGGAAACUGCCACAGUUUCCGAUUCGAAGAACCAGGAAGGAAUCCUAAUUAGAAUUCCAGUUAUUAUCACCCACAGAACAGACUCGAAUGUCAAGCCAGGAAAACUCACACUUUUUGCUUCUGGCCUGGAAAUCAGUGACUGCAACUCUCAGGUCAUUCACCGGUUUGAGUCGAAGGAUGUGGAUGAUAUCAGAGUCCACACACCCUAUGAGAUCAGUGUCCGCCAGAGGUUCAUUGGGAAGCCUGACACCUCUUACCGGCUCUUGUCAGCCAAGAUGCCAGAAGCAAUCCCCAUCCUGGAGAUGCAGUUUAGCAAGAAGAUGCAGUUUUUAGAAGAUGCUCUUGGAUUUGUUGGUGCCAAGAAGUCUCCUCAGGUAGAUUUGGGGACCUCCAUUUGGCAGGCAGCCACAGGACUGCUGGGAGGAGUGGUGCAGCCCAGCUCUCCAGUGGGAAGCAGAGAAGGGAUGGACAAUGACCAGGUUCAGCUGCAGAAGCAAGAGAAGAUCUCCCAGGAAGAAGCAAAAGAACUGAAACAGAUACUAAAGAAGCUGAAGGGCCUUGCCUUGGAGACAGAAGCUGAGCUGGAAAGACAGGAUGAAGCUCUUGAUUCCAUCACUACCUCUGUAGACCGUGCCACCCUGAAUAUUGACAAGCAGAACCGCAGAAUAAAGAAACUAACGUAGCGCCCGUGGGGCCGGUGGGGAGGGUGUUGUGAGGAAGAGGAGGACUGGGGCACUGCAGUUUUCAAGACUGUUUCUUUACUAGAGGUAUUUGCAAUAUUGCCUGGAAUACGAUGCUGCUGGUGUCGAGUUCCUGAGGGUUUUGAUACAUGUUUUCAGACUUGGAUGAUGUUUGAAGGCUGUUUUAGGAUUAAAAAGGCCAAGACUUUUAAUUGUGGUGAAACAACGAUGGUGGAUUCUUUCCUCCAGAAAAUCUGUACAUAUGAAAGGUUGUGAUAUAAUCUGAAUCAACUUUUAUGUGCUUUUUUAUGUUGCAGCUUUUGAAAGUUGUUGUGGGUUGCUGGGUUUUUUUACUACAUGAAGAAAUGAAGGAGAAAUGAACUGCAUAUGAGACUACUUUAGAUGGUUACAGCCUAUUAAUUCUCUCUCAAGGUCUUUCUUUAAAAUAGUUCCUAGCUGAGCUGAGGGCCAGAUGUCCAACUGCAAGUUAUUGAGGCUUUUUUGGGGGGAAGUUAAUGAAGAGGUGAGCAAAUGAUGGUGAUAAAACCUUGUGUUCCUGGAGCAAAUAGUUUUAAUAGGUUUCAAUCAUGCUUUUAAUGUACCCAGAAAUUUUAUAAGAGUAAUGAAGACUUAGUGGUCACAGCUGUCAGUUGCCAUGUCCUGGGAAAUCAAGAGAAGGUUAGUUAAUGUGCAUGUAUUUGUAUUAUUAUUCUUUCAAUAAGAUACCUACUUACUGAACAUAUAUAUAUAUAUUUUUGGCCUGUUGAUAAAUGUUUUGCCCACUUAUAAAAAGUGAUAAAGUUUAAUACAAGCCUCUGCUUUCCAAAUAGGGACUGCUGGUCUUUGGUGAUGAUCUUCAUGUUUUGAUGUGUUUUUUCCCCUUGAAACUGCACAUAUAGGGAAAGAACUGGUUUUGGAGUGGGGAAAGUGAUUUUCUGCAUGGGCAAAUUUAUUUAGUUCUUGGAGUUCACAGAAUCAAGAGUUCAGUGUUUGUGUCCCUCACUUGCACACAGUGGUUUUAUAUUUAUGUAUCUGACAUGGGAUGCAGUGUCCUCAGAGCUUCAUGAACACAAGAUUUCACUUUGUGUGGUCCCUAGAUACCAUGUUGGAUCUGGGCUGCCUCAUCUUUCAUGGUUGUUAGUGGAAGGUCUCUUGUCCCUUUGCUCUGUCCUUCAUUUUCCAAAGCUCUCCCUACUAUUUGUCUCUGAUUCUCUAAAUGGAAACUUCAUGAAUUGUGUGGAGCAUCCUGUGGUGUUUGUGUGUCUUCUCCAGAUUCCUGGGCUGAAGGGCCUGUGGUCAGAGCUGUAGACAUCUGGAGAACACUUGCUAGUCGUGGUGCAUCCAUCUAUCUUGUGGCUUUUAUUUAUUUGCACUAACAGGUGGUGAAACAUUUCAAGACUUCUUGUAGACCUGUAUUUCUAAACUAAAAGGGAACAUUGUCAAUUGUCUGAUAGGUUUUCUUGAGUUAACAAUUGGCUCCAUCAAGACUACAGGACCAUGGAGACCUUUUCCCCUCCUUAGAUACUUAAUACUGUAUAGGAGAGAUUCUAGGUGAUUGAUCCUAUCACCUCUGGCAGAUAAGUCACAUUUCAUCAAUUCCUACAGUUUACCAGCUAUUUUAGUUCAAAGUAGCUCUUGUAAUAUGUUUUUUUUUUAAUUGCUUUUAUAUUAAAAAACUCUUCUUGUAUUGCUUUCAAAUACAACACUUUUGGUGCAAUAUUUUUAACUGGUGAAGCUUUGAACUGCUUCUUCAACUGAUGGUUGAUGUAAAAUUUUCCUGUUUCAGAGUAAUUCAGUUUUCAAGAUCUUACUCUACCUUGUUUUGUAUUACUUCAGGUUAGUUUGUUAGCAUUGGACUAAAGUGUAUUUCUGCACUGCAAGUUCUUAGUUUACAAUCCAAGUUGUUAGUGCAUGCCACUUUACUUGCUGAAUAUGGUGAUUAUAUAUAUUCAUGCACUGUGUACUGUGAAAUAAAAUAUUGUCUGGGGUUGUCAUUUAUGUUUCUGAUACCCAAAUGACUAGUGUUUUACUGUGAAAGGAAGAUCCGUUUACACUACUCGUUAUUUCCAUGGAUUAAAAAACAUACUUUGCACAAAAUGUAUGUUCACUGGUACUGACUGGGAACUAAUUUCUACACUGAAUUAGUCCAAACCAGGAUUGCCAAAAUAAAGUAGGAAGCACAGGGCAUUUAGUUGAGCAUUCCUUGUGCCAUACUUUUUAUUGUGGUUUUUAACACUGACUGUUGCAUCUGAUGCAGUGUUUUGUGGUUUGUGUUGGUCAAACAUGUCCACAAUAAAGCAAAAAAUUGUA